UGCCUCUGAAGCAGGGAGUGUCUGCAUUAAAAAUGACCUGUAGUUCUCUGCUUCAUAGAUGCUUCUUCAGCUCCUUCCUCUUCCUCCAUGGGCGGUGCUUGCAGCUCCUUUACCACCUCUUCCAGUCCUACCAUUUACUCUACCUCAGUCACCGACAGCAAGGCUAUGCAAGUGGAGAGCUGCUCCUCAGCCGUGGGGGUAAGUAACAGAGGGGUAAGUGAACAGCCGUUAACCAGUAACGCAGCCCAGCAGCAGCAGUCAACGCCGAAGAGACACACAGUCCUGUACAUCUCACCACCCCCCGAGGACUUGCUGGAUAACAGUCGGAUGUCCUGCCAGGAUGAGGGCUGUGGAUUGGAGUCAGAGCAGAGCUGCAGUAUGUGGAUGGAGGAUUCACCCUCCAACUUCAGUAACAUGAGUACCAGUUCCUACAAUGAUAACACUGAGGUGCCACGUAAAUCACGCAAACGCAACCCAAAGCAGAGGCCAGGGAUCAAACGUCGAGAUUGUGAAGAAUCCAACAUGGAUAUCUUUGAUGCCGACAGUGCCAAAGCGCCUCACUAUGUCCUUUCUCAACUCAGCACGGACAGCAAAGGCAACUCAAAAGCAGGAAAUGGAGCAUCGGAGAGCCAGAAAGGAGCUGGAGGGAAGAAGACCCCAAUGUUGUGUGGUCAGUAUCCCACUAAAAGUGAGGGGAAAGAGCUGAAGAUAGUGGUACAGCCGGAAACGCAGCACAGGGCUCGUUACCUGACCGAAGGCAGCCGAGGCUCGGUGAAAGAUCGGACACAGCAAGGUUUUCCAACUGUAAAGCUGGAAGGUCACAAUGAGCCAGUCGUGCUGCAGGUUUUUGUGGGCAAUGACUCUGGCCGAGUGAAACCACACGGCUUUUACCAGGCCUGCAGAGUAACUGGAAGAAACACAACUCCCUGUAAAGAAGUAGAUAUAGAGGGGACUACAGUUAUUGAGGUUGGACUUGAUCCUAGCAACAAUAUGACACUUGCGGUUGAUUGCGUGGGAAUACUGAAGCUGAGAAAUGCUGAUGUCGAAGCCCGGAUAGGGAUUGCUGGUUCCAAGAAAAAAAGCACACGUGCCAGGCUGGUGUUUCGCGUUAACAUCCCUCGCAAAGAUGGUUCAACUUUGACUCUUCAGACACCUUCCUCCCCAAUUUUGUGCACCCAACCAGCAGGAGUUCCAGAGAUCCUAAAGAAAAGUCUGCACAGUUGUUCAGUGAAGGGUGAAGAGGAAGUUUUCCUGAUUGGCAAAAACUUUCUAAAGGGAACAAAAGUGAUUUUCCAAGAGAAUGUGUCUGAUGAAAAUUCUUGGAAAGCAGAGGCUGAAAUAGACAUGGAAUUAUUUCAUCAGAAUCACCUUAUUGUGAAGGUGCCACCAUAUCAUGACCAGCAAAUAACCUCAGCUGUUUCUGUGGGAAUAUAUGUGGUGACCAACGCUGGAAGAUCCCAUGAUGUGCAGCCAUUUACAUACACUCCAGAUACAUCUGGUACUCUGAAUGUUAAUGUGAAGAAGGAAAUCUCCAGCCCAGCCCAACAUUGUUGUUUUGAAGAGGCUAUAAAAGCAGUGAAAGCCACUGGUUGUAACCUGGAAAAGGUAAAUAUUCUUCCUAGUGCCUUGAUAACUCCACUCAUGCCAAGCAGUAUGAUUAAGAAUGAAGAUGUGGCUCCAAUGGAAGUAAGCGCAGAGAAGAGAUCCCCCCCCGUCUUCAAGGCUUCAAAGGUGGUUGGACCAGCUCAGCAAACAUUAGAAAACAGUAUGUCCAGCAUAUCAACUUCUGCUUCCCAUUUACCUUCCGAUAGUGAAAAACAGCAACAAAUACAGCCAAAAGUGUUUAAUCCAGAGACUCUGACUACUAUUCAAACGCAGGACAUUUCGCAGCCUGGUAGUUUUUCAGCAGUCUCUACUCCAGGUCAGCUGCAGAACAGUGAUGCAUUACUGCAGCAAGCCGCGCAGUUUCAGACAAGAGAAUCCCAAACCAGGGAAGUUCUGCAAUCGGAUGGCACGGUUGUAACUUUGUCCCAGUUAACUGAUGCCUCUCAACAGCAGCAGCAGUCUACACUAACAGAACCGGCGCAGGCGUUACAGCAACAGAUUUCGUCAAGUAUUUUCUCAUCUGCAAGUAGCGUGAGUCAGUUACAGAACACUAUACAGCAGCUGCAAGCUGGAAACUUUCCAACCAACACUGCUACUGGCAGCAAUAGAAACGUUGAGUUGGUGCAGCAGGUCUUGGAAGCUCAGCAGCAGUUAUCUUCUGUUUUGUUUUCCGGGUCAGACAGCAAUGAGGAUGUUCAGGAUCAGAUUAAUGCAGAUAUCUUUCAGCAAGUAAGUCAGAUACAAAAUAGUGUCAAUCCUGGGAAAUUUUUCUCAUCAGAGACAGCUGUCCAUUCCAGACCUGAGAACCUUUUGCCUGGGCGAGCUGAAAAUGUUCACUCCCAGCCUGAAAAUCCCCUCUCCAAUCAGCAGCAACAGCAGCAGCAACAACAGCAGGUGAUGGAAACUUCUGCAGCAAUGGUGAUAGGAAUGCAGCAAAACAUUUGCCAAGCUGCAACACAGAUGCAGUCUGACUUGUUCUCUUCAACGACUUCAGGAAAUGGAGCCCUGCAGCAGUCACCUGUUUACCAGCAAGCUUCUCACAUCAUGAGUGGGUUAUCGACAAGUGAAGACAUGCAAAUGCAGUGUGAAUUGUUCUCUUCAUCUCCUGGUGUUUCUGGAAGCGACGCUGCUCCUGCUGCUCAGCAGCAAGUUUCCAACAAUGGACCUGCUAUGUUUCAGACGUCAAAUGCGGCAGAUGGAGAGGAGACUUCAGGACAGAAUAAACAGAUGCAAAGUACUGUAUUUCAGACCAUGGUUCAGAUGCAGCACAGUGGAGAAAGCCAGUCUCAAGUUAAUCUUUUUUCAUCUCCAAAAAACAUGAUGACUGUUCAGGCCAGUGGAACUCAACAACAAGGAGGUGGUCUGUUCCAGCAAGGUGGAGAAAUCAUGUCUAUUCAGUCAGGAAGCUUUAUGCAACAGUCGCCACAUUCACAAGCUCAGCUCUUUCAGAAUCCUAUUGGUGAUGCUCAAAAUAUGCCCCAGGAAACACAAGGUUCUAUUUUUCACAGCGCAAAUUCCAUUGUCCAUAAUCAGACCACUACCAAUUCCUCCGACCAGCUGCAGCCUCCCAUGUUCCAUUCCCAGAACACCAUGGGCGUGUUGCAGAGCUCAUCAGUUCCUCAAGACCAGCAGUCUGCCAACAUGUUCCUUUCCCAGAGUUCAAUGAGCAACCCUGCAACUCAGGAAGAGCAGAUGUCAUUCUUUACAAACCAGAAUUCAAUUUCUCCUCUCCAAGCAGCCACAAACACGGAGCAACAAGCUUCUUUCCAACAGCAAACACAGAUAUCUCAUAUCCAGAGUUCCAUGCUUCCCCAGGAACAGCCUCAGACUCAGCCUACUCAGCAAGGUUUGUUUCAGUCGCAGGUUUCACUAGGCUCCAUCCAAUCUAAUCCAAUUCCCCAGGGCCAACAAGGAGCUAUCUUCCAGCCUCAGCAUUCAAUAGUCACUAUUCAGAGUAGUCCUCCAUCUCAAGAACAGCAGCAGCAGCCGCAGAACAUGAUGUUCAGUAAUCAAAAUGCAAUUAAUACAAUUGCUCCUCAAAAACAAAAUAUGAUUUUCAACCCAAAUCAAAAUCCAAUUACUAAUCAGGAGCAACAAGGUCAAUCCAUUUUUCACUCGCAGACUAACAUGGCAUCUAUGAAUCAGGAGCAGCAGCCCAUGCAAUUCCAGAAUCAAACUACGGUGUCUUCAAUUCAGAAUCCUGGAUCCAACCAGGCUGAAUCGCAGCAACCAGCCAUCUUCCACAACUCGCCCCAGAUUCAGCUGGUCCAAGGGUCGCCAAGUUCUCAAGAGCAACAAGUCACUCUCUUCAUCUCCUCAGCUUCCAUGUCUGCGUUGCAGAACAGUAUGAGCCAGCAAGAGCUGCAGCAGUCGCCUAUCUACUCUUCUCAAAACAGCAUGGCAGGAAUGCAAGGAACUGCUUCUCCUCCACAGCAACCAGCAUCUCUAUUUCACAACACAGCGGGAGGUGCCAUCAACCAACUGCAGAAUUCUCCUGCUUCGUCUCAGCAGACUUCAGGGAUAUUCCUGUUCGGCAUUCAGAACAACUGUGGCCAGCUCCUAACUUCUGGACCAGCUGCGCUGCCCGACGAGCUGAUGGCGAUAAGCCAGCCUGGUCAGCCACAGAGCGAGGGGCAAGCGGCGGUGCCAGCCCUGCUCUCCCAGCAGCUUCCCGAGACGUCUCCUCUGCCUUCGUCCAUGGCGGCCAACCAGAACAUGGAGAAAAUAGACGAUCUGCUGGUGUCCUUGCAAAACCAGGGGAGCAACAUGACUGGCUCGUUUUAGUGAGACAAAAAAUCUAUGAAGAAAAAGCUGAUGAUUUCCCUGAUCUUCUCAGACCUUGUGACUCGGGAUUAGGCUGUGUGGAACUGAUUGCUUCUGUCAAAAAGUGGCCCUCUUCUCUAAAGAGCACAUACGCGGCCUGCUGCAGUGUAUUGCACCUGAGGCUCUAACCAUAGUAUUUGAGAUUCCUGGUGCCAAUAAUGGUUGAAAAGCUAUGCUUUGUUUUACUGGGGCGUGGAGCUGUGCUGUUCCCACGUUCCUAGACCUCACUAACAGGGGGGCUCUCUUUGAAUUUAAAGCAUAUCUGGUCAGUUAUUAUUGUUGUUAGAAAAUAGUACAUGUUACCACGUUUACUUUUUUUCCCCCUCUUCUUCCUUUUUUGCAUCUCCUCUCUUGACUAGAGAAGCUUACGGAGCAGAAACGUCAGAUGCUUGUGACAUGAGCUGUGACUCCUAGCAUAGCUGCCAGUCACUGAAGGGAUCACACAUUUUUCAGUAGAGCAGGAGAGCUAGUGCCGUGGUUUGGAAUUGCCGUAGGUGAUGAAGAAAAUUCCAGUAAAUAUAACAACCAAGCAGAGAAUUGCUUGUUACUGUAGAUAGCCGGACAGAGGUGGGUGCUUCCCAUCGGAGAAUGUGAUUAACGGUUUUAUCUGUCUCUUACAUGUAAUUGUACAUAAGUUUGGUGGCUCUAACAAAAUGAAGAAAUGAAGGGGAACUUUCAAAAUAAAUUACAUUCUUAAAUUUUUACCUUUUAAGAUACCUUGAGAUUGAAAGGAACAAUCUGUGUGGCCGAGGAAACUCCUUCAUGUCUCUCACUCUGGCUGUGUAGGUCAGAACUCGUUACAGCUGCAUUGCCCAUGCUCAAAACAGGCUUUUCAUUUCAGUUUUUUCCUUCUCCUUCCCUCAGUUUCAUAUUGUUUUUCUUUCUUUUUAAGAAAAGAUACAACUGUCCUACUGGCUUUAAAGAUCUGAAGCAGCUUUUAGGAGUUUUGGCACCUGCCCUUGUGCUAUUGAAUUGCUUAGUCAGUAGAAGCUUUGACAACUAACCAAGGUUUAAGGAAAGAAGAAGUGAUUUUUCCCACCACCUUCCAAAUGCCAGAAUCCUCCUUACCAGUCAUUUUCCACCUGUUACCAUUGCAAAUCUUAGCCUAACCCCAACCAGAGGGGGAGUUACAGCAUUUCUAAGUGUCCCAGAGAAUUCCUCCCAGCCCCGAGCUGCCGGCUCCCUCCAUCCCAUUGAGCUCACGCAGAUUUGAAGUGGCUCCUCCUGGCAGCGCCCUACCUAGAGCUUCUAAAUUACCGUGUUUCAAUUGCAAAAAGAAAAGACGCAUGUUUCAGAAUGUGAAAGCAGCCCCCUGCAGCCCGUGCAGCUCUGUCGUGAGGCGCGCGGCUCCCGGGGGCUCCGGCUCUCUGGAGCUGCACGCUCCCGCCGGGAAUCUCUUGUCCCCGUCCCGCGCGCAGGAGCCGUGGCUGCUGUUAGAGCCGGCAGUCCUGCCUGGGCAGCGUGGAGCUGCUGUCACGUCCCUUUCCUUUUGUUAUUUUACAUAACCAGGAAUAGUCUGUGAUUGGAUCUGAGUUCCUCGAGCCGCUUCCCGUGUGUUCCUCCCCGAUGUGCGUGCUUAGUUGAGCCGUGUAGAGUUUUUGUUCUUGAUGUUUUUUUCCUGUUUGUCGGUCUGUCCUGUUCCUUUGCUCUUUCUGUCUCUCUCUUUCUCUCUCUCAUUGAGAGGCAUUGAAUUACGUUUUCAGUAGUAAGGCUUCUUGCCGAUAUGAAGGGAACUUUUCAGAAAGAGACCUGCUCUGGGUCAUUUAAUUUUGAAUACAGUUUUCAAUCGUUCAAGUUUUGGAUGGUUUAUAUCUAAUGUGUGUUUCAUUUUUUUGGAAAGCUAUAUUUUGUAUUUAGGAAAUGGUAUACUAUUUUGCUAUUUGUACUGAGUGAGUACAUUGGCAUAAAUAUAAAAAUUUAUAUAUAUACAUAUAUAUAAAAUAUUCUUUUGCCACACAUUUUUGUGGUAAAUUUGUGAGUUUGUCUGAUGUUCUACCACAACGUGGCGUCUGAUAACAGUGGGGUGGGGUGGGGUUUGUUAUGUCUUUAUUGAGUAUUUAAGUACUUUUUGCAACAUAAAUAACUUGUUCAUCUCUCGCCAUUCCAUCAGGCAAUUUCUUGUUCCGACUGGCUAUGGGAAGCUUCACUGUGUGUUUGAUGUGUCUGUCACUCAGCAAUAUGAUCUAGUAAGGAAACCCGUAGGCAUUUAGGCAUAUAUAAGUGAUGGGUUUCACUCAGAAUGAGCCAUUCAGCUUUUAUCCACUAUCAUUGUCUAUUUAAUAUUUUAUUAUUUUAGCGCCUUUAUGUUUUAACUUUUUAAUUUAUAAUUAUGCUAAAAUGUUUGAAAUUUUAAUCAUGAUAAAAAAGAAUUCCCUGCUUCAUAAUGUCCAGAACUGCUUUUUAACUCUGAACCAUACUUUUUCUUCCUGUGAUUUUUUUUCUUUUUUUGUGUCCUGCUCAGAAAAUAUAUAACUAGAUCCUGUUACGGUUCAUGAUUUGAAAAGAGCAAUCUUGCAGCAUUGGCUAAAUGCUCUAUGAGGAUACGUAGAAGACUGGGAGAUAUGGAUUGAAACAGCUUCCAGAUGACUGUGGGAGUCGAUAGCCAGUUAUUCCACACUAAACUGGUGACUCCUGCAGUUCCCAGUCCCAGGACCAGCCGUUGGGUGUCAGCUUGGGCCUUCAUACACAGAAGAAGUGCUAGGGAUGAUCAGUGCACUCGUAUGCUGCUUCCUGUUGUUCUGAAGGGAAGUAUCCUUGUUGUGAAGUGCUGUUGGUCAGUGCCAAGUCACCAGGGACCAAUUCUCCACUCAAUAAUGUGGGUGUCCAACAGAUAACUUUUUACCAAGACUGCUAACGCUCCAGGGUGAGGGUCUGAGUCGUGCCCGUAUUUUAGGUUGCUUACAACAAGGGCUGUGCUAUCACGUUUUUCACUUUUGGAUAACACUUUCUUUCCUGUGUUAAAUUUAUCUUGUCCAUUUUAGGUCAAUGUUUAAAUGUACAACACUUGGAACACGUGAUUUGGUUACAAAAAGUAUUUGUCUUAUGAACGAAGAGGUUGCUCAGUGGUUGAUUAGUGCCUGAACGGCUGUUUGCAAGCAGGAAAAUGGCUUGAGAGCCAAGAAGGAGCCUAAAGACAACCUGCAGGAUUUCAUGGCAGAAAGACCCGAGAACAGCGUGAGCCGCAUCUGUAUUUCAUCAGAACCCUGUUUCCUGGUGUGAUUUAAGCAGCUCAGAGUUGGAGCUUGCCCUGCGUUUUGUUUCCAGUGCCCUCGUGCACUCCCGCACGUGCUCGCUGGCCUGCAGAGCUCGAGGCGGUGGCGUUGCGCCCGGGCACUUUCCUUAUGGAGCUUAGAAAAUAUGGAGGGGAGAGCCUCGCUCAAAGGAAAGUUCCUGCCAUUGUUAGAAAGGAGAACUUCGUAUAUCCACAAAGCAACAAUUAGCUACAGACAAUAUUACUACAUUAUUAUAUUAGGUGAAAAAAAAAGAACUCUACAGCUGCAAUACUGGGAUGGAUUUUCUCUGUAUUGCCCUUCGCUGCUUGAGCUUUAUUUUAACAAAUGUAUAGUCUGAACAUUGUUAUUUUUGUAGGUUGUGCUGUCCUGCUGUAUGUGGCUCUAAAGGCCCGCUGUCUGUGCAGCAUCUGCAGUGGGGCAAAGUGCUGCAGCUCCCUAGCACAGGGAGACUUAACUGCUGUCCCGCAAUCUUGUCUUCCACAUCCAUUCCCUUGUCUGUUUUUAAAGAAAUAAUGGUUCAUGUGAAUAAUAUAUAACACAAAAUUAUUCACUAACCGUUUCCUCUGGCAAGAAGAGGUUACUGGUGUUUAACUGGCAACUUCACUCACUGUCAUUAAUUGCCUCCUAACUGUCUGUCCGUCAGCAGAUGCUCAAGCCAAACGCUUUGCUGUUACUUUAGCAGAAAAACACUUCAGGAAAUAAUUUAAGCCUGACUGUUUUGAAGUAGAUGUUAAAUCACCAAGCAUUCUAUUGCAGUUUUUAAUUAUUGGCAGGAUGGUUCCUUUAUUUUUAAAGCAAAGUGAAACAUUUGCUAUAUUUUCUAAAUUUGGCAAUGCUUUCAGUGAUAAUACUAAGAGCCGGGGACAGCUCUGUCCAUGGACAUUCCCCUAACUUAGAGAAGUUGAGCAUUUUUAAGCUUCCCUUGUGGUUUUGAUUUGGGAUAUAAUUCCCCCAAAGCAAUUGAAAUUUCCUUUUUCUGGCAGACCUUCUGUUCACAAACUGUCUUUCCAGAGGCUUCAGAAAGAAUUCCGGAUGGGUCAGGAGCUUUCACUCCCCUUAAAACAUGAGUUAAAGCACUAGUGGAGUGGCAGUAAAAGAUUUAUUUUAAAAGUUAAAGAAAAAAAAAAAAGUUUUAUUGGAUUAAAAAGCUACAAUUUAUUGCCUCCAAAUACAUGCAUAUAUAUGUGUACUUGAAUGCAUGUGCACAUUCUUUAAUAGUGAAGGGUUGUACUGUCCAGUAUUGGAUCUUAAAUCUGUAUGACAAAUUUUUGGGCUACCUGUUCAGGAGAGGAGUUUGGAGGAUUAUGGAAAUUUAUUAGAGUGAUAGAAGCAAGAACUAGAGGGAUGGGAUUGCUUAGGUGCUCCGAGCUGAGUUGUAGAUGGAAAGUGAAAAGAGGAGAAAUAGAAAUUGUUCACUGGUCACUUCUUUAUAAGAGCAAAAUUAACUUUCAAGGAUUUGAGUGUUUUUUCCUGGCGGGAGUGGA